GGAAGGGAAGGCCGUGCUGGGCCUCCCUUGAUGGCGCCGGGAGCGAUGAUGGCUGAGGGAGGCGCCGGCGUCGGGGCUCGGAAGGCGCUGCUGGCCAAGAUCGUGAUGGCGGGCGAGGCCUCUGUGGGAAAGACCUCCAUCCUGAGGCGAUACACAGAGCGCCCCCAGGCCCCGCUCCCGCCGCCCGCCUCCUACAUCGCCACCGUCGGCAUUGAUUUCAAAGUGAAAACUAUUUCAUUGGAUGAUACAGCUGUACAACUUCAAAUAUGGGACACUGCUGGCCAGGAACGAUUCCAUACUUUUACUACUAGCUUUUUCCGUGGGGCUCAUGGAUUCGUUCUUGUCUAUGACAUCACAAGCACAGAGAGUUUUAAAGGAAUUGUACAUUGGAUGAAAGAUAUAUAUGAGAAAGCAGAUGAAACUGUAGAAGUAAUACUGUUGGGUAACAAGUGUGAUAAGGAACUGGAGCGUGUAAUCCCAAAAAACAGAGGAGAAAAGCUUGCUUGGGAGUAUGGAAUACCCUUUUUUGAGACAAGUGCAAAGGAUAAUAUAAACAUUGACAAUGCCUUUUCAGUACUAGCUGAAGAAAUAUUGAACAAGAGUUCCUGUGUAUUGCUUGACGUGGAUGUGGUGGACCUCACUGAGAAAGCACAGAAGAGAGCCUGCUGCAGACUGUGAUUGGCAGCUAUGUUUGUGUUACCUGUUUUGCACUUUACAAGUCUGAACUUUUGAUAGAUAUAGGAUGAAUGGAUGAUAGAUAGAUAGAUAGAUAGAUAGAUAGAUAGAUAGAUAGAUAAUCCUAAAUGGGAAAAAGUGCAGCCCUGUAACUUCCAGCAUUCCUUGCAAUUGGUAAUGCUUCCUAGGGCUUUGGGGAGCUGCAAUCUAACAGCAUCUGGAGAAUUACACUUUGCCUACCCAUGCCCCAAAUCUAAUUGUUGGUCAUAAUUAGAGUGGGCUCACUGGAAACUAUGUAAGUAUUGACUGAACAAGUUUUUGUUGAGUCAGUACAUUUACUCUAGCUGGGACUAACCGAGCCAGUAUAUUCACUUGUCUGAUAUUUAUCAAGCAACUGGUAUUUUAUCUACCGUACUGCCUGUUACAGAUGUUUAAAAUACAUAUGACUUGCCCUUAAGGUAGUGACUGUAAAGUCUAUUUAGUUGCAAGCAAAAGAAGUAUGAUGAUGUUGGCCACUACAGGGUUGUUUAUACCAUAAACUCAUAAGAAGGAAAGGUGAAUUUAAUAGUGCAACAGGGAUCUGAAAAUAGUUCAUGUAACAGUAUACUGGGCAAUUUAUGACAUUACAAGCAGCAAAUGUGGCCUCUGCUAAAAUAGCUCACAAUCCAAAAACAAUGCAAAUUGAUACGGGUAGAAGAGAAGAAAAGGGAACUGUCCUUUCAAAACUCAACAGCUAUCACAGAGAGCAUUUUUAAAAUGAAAUUUUUUACAUACAGCAAAAUUAUUUGCAACAGUCUUCCUUAGAGAGAACUGUUUCCAAGUGGCAAAUAGGCAAUGUUAUUUUUAAAUGCCUCCCUUUUCAGGGAAUUAGCAGACCAGGGAGACAGCUAGGACAGCAACAGCCCUUUCAUCUGACUAUCUAUUAGGCCUAAAUCCAUUUCCAGAGUAAAAUACACAUGAUAGCCAUAUUUUCAUAUCUGAAGGAUUGGCAUGUGGAAAAAUGGAGCAAACAUGCUGUCUGCUGUUUCAGAUGAUAGGUCCUGAACUAAUGGAUUCAAAUUACCAGGGAAUAAUAGAAUCAUAGAGUUGGAUGAUUCUGAUUAAACAUUUGGAAUAAUUUUAGGGAGGUGGGGGUUCCUCUUUCCACUGAGCUUUAAAAGAAAAGAAAACAAAUGGAGGUAGGCUCAUUUUAAGAGUAUUUAGCUAUAUCAUACUGGCAGGGGAGUAGAUUAUAUGGCCCUCGGGGCUGAUUUACUCUAAAUUUCCAUAGAUUCAGUGGGUCUAUUUUAGAUGGGAAUACUUUGAAUUCAGGUCUUCCCAUGUGCAGGGAGCUUUUUAAGUACAGUCUGACAUGAUACAAUUGAGGAAGGGUAAUCUGGCAUAAAGUUCGAAUAAAUGCAUAGCUUACUUGCAAAUCAAUGUAUUUGCAAGCCAUUUGAUGAUGUUUAGAUAUGUUUCUAGAUGCCCUAUUCUGAUUUUUUUUAUCUCUGCAUGUAUUGACAUGCAUGUAUUUUCGGUUAAUCAUCUCACCAAUUCUAAUGUGAAGAAAAUACUGGUUUGGACCCAGACUUAGACUUAUCUGCAUUGAUUUCAGUGGGAAUUAACUCAGUUUAAGUUAGAUUGCAUUUGGAUCAAACUUUUUCUUUUCUUUUUUGAAAUCUCAGUAUUCAGAUAAACAGAGUUAAGGCUGCAGUUCUUUCUCCAUUUGCUUAGGAAUGAGCCCCAUAGAGCUUAGUGCAAUUUCUGAGUAUACCUGUAGGAUGCCAUUGUAAAUAUUUAGAAUUCUUUGAAGAAGUUUUACAAAUUUCGCAAAUUGUAACGAAGAUAUCAAUUUUGUAUUUGCUUAUUUUGUCACAGUUGAUUUUAUUAAAAUACUUUUGUUACAUUUA